ACUAGGCAAAAAAUUCCAAAAUAGAAGUUAAAGAUAUAUAAAAUAUUGAUAUUCAUUAUACAAAGAAAAAAAAAUGCCGACUGUAAUAGCUUUAGACGUUUCACUUUCAAUGAGACGACCGGUAUUAGGCGUCCUGGGAACUGACAGUGUUCAAACUGAACAGUUGACAAGGCAUCAUUUGGCUGUCCAAGGAAUAAAUGCACUUUUACAUUAUCUACAGACAAAUUCAAAGUUAGAGUUUGUCUCCCUUGUUGUAUUCUCCUCGUUGUAUGAAGUCAUAUGUCCUUUCACAAGAGACUAUGAUAGUAUUAGAGCUAAAUUACAAAAUAUUGAAGAAUGCGACAAGACUUGUAUUGAAACUGCUCUACAUGGUGUAAAUAAUGUCAUUAUGGCUGAAUGGGGAAAUACAACAGCUUGUCAAGUUAUUCUAGUAACUGAUGGUAAUCCAGGAGUUGGGACAAUGUCUUUAGGAGAUUCUUUAAAUUCAUUAAAUGUAAAGAGGGAUAAUAAUCCAUUUCCACUUCCUUUUCCUUAUCCUGGAAAACUUAGUAUAGUCUGCAUCGCAUCACAGCAAGAUCCUGGAUUGGCAAUAGGCUUGCCUUUAUAUCAAAGAUUAAUAGAAUUAGCUGGCAGCGAUAGUAUUGUUCUAAUACCUGAAGGACAACUCACAAAAAAUUCUGUGACUAAUUGCUUUCAAAAAUUGGCUGAAGCAAAUUAUGUCUCGUUUCAAGGAUAUUUGAAGUGUGGACAUUUAGGUUCUCGAAUAUUUUUAUCACCACCACCAAUGCCUCAUACCAAGAAGACUGAUUUUGAAAUUCUGGCUGGAUUGACAGUCUCCAAAACAAUAGAAAUAUGCGGGUUUAUAUCUGUGGCUGAUGUUGGCAGUCCUAGUGCCAUUUCCAGGCACCUCGUGCUCCCUCUUCCUACUGAAAAAACACCAAGUAUGCAGGGUAUAUCGUUAGAAGAAGAAUCAGAUACAGAAGAUAAUGGUGAUGACGGAAAAAUCCCAUCAUUUUGUGUAUUACUUCAUGGUGCUUUAAAGGUAGAAAACAUGGCUGCUCUAUGUCUGUUAAACACUGACUGGUAUGGAUUCAUCUAUUCAUGGGCUGAUACCAAGAAGAAAUCAAAUCUAAUGCUUACUUUGUUAGAACCAGGCACUGAUAUAAUACCUUGGCUUGGUAACUUAAGUAACUUAGGACCUAUCGAUGCUGCCAUUAAUAAAAGUGGCGAGAUAGGCUUUCCAGUAAGGCCCUCAGAAAAGAGAAGUUAUUCACAAAACGCACCUUCCUGGAUAAGACAAGUUGGCUUACAAUCUGAUAUACAAAAGAUACUUAGACAUGCCAGGAAGUUACCAGAGAAAACUCAAAAUUUUUACAAGGAAUUGAACCGAUUACGAAGAGCAGCAUUGUCCAUGGGAUUUGUAGAACUUCUAGAAGGUCUCGCAUCCAUUUUUGAAAGAGAAUGUACACUACUUCCACCAAAUCUAAAUCCAGACUGUACAAUACAAAUGGGUCAUGUAGCAGAAAUGCUGAGAAAACCAUACUCACGAGAAUUAAAAAACAACAUAACUCCCGUGCGAACAAAAUUCCAUCAUGCAGAAUGAUAAGUUCAAUUGUUAAAGUUUCAAUAUUCCAAAAACUUGGUGGUCCGUAAAUAUGAUUUUAUUUAUGUAUUAUGUCAGUUUUUUUUGUACACACAGUAUGGAGUUCUCAAUAAACAAGAAGAAUUUCUUAAUUUUA